AUGCUUACCACUAUCAUCCGAAGCAGGGGUGGGCUGUCAGGCUGGAUGAAGAAACAGAGGACUGACUCCAGGAGUCAUCAUGGGUUGGCUCCACCAAAUCCUAAAGACAUUGGUGGUCGUCUUAAGACGUGUGAGUAAGGAAUGUUCUCAAGAAUGAUAAAUACCGCGGCAGGACGCCCCCAUACCUGGGGUCUGAACCACGCGAUCCAUUAUCAAUCCUUGGUAGCACGCGACGAGCAAACAACAUACAUACGAUCAAGUAUCAUAGUUGAUAAAGGUACCUAUAGUACGAUCUAUUACGGCCCAAAUUCAUUAUCCUAAGCCAGACCCUUUCACACUUACGACAUUCUUCCAAUGUUGACUACUAAGCACCUGCUAUGGUGCCUGUUGGCAUGCACCUCGCAAGUAGCAAAUGGACGCUGUUUACCAAAGACUGAAGGCGGCACUGUGUCAGGAGACACACACCAUGCUCGAGCAAAGGGGUUCGGGAAUGGCAUGCCCUUACGAAUAAUGCCCUUAGGUGCUUCUAUCACAUACGGCUACGGUUCCACCGACGGGAACGGGUACCGUGAAGAUCUCCGGAGCCAACUAGAAUCGAACGGCAACAAGGUCAACAUGGUCGGAGACAAUCCAAGUGGGGAUAUGAAGGACAACGACACCGAGGGCUGGAAAGGCUACCGAAUUGACCAAGUUCACAUCAAGGCGGACACCACCGUGCCCAAAUACAAACCUAACCUUAUCCUCGUAAACGUUGGGACGAACGACGCCGUCCAGAAUAAGGACAUCCCCAACGCCGGGAAACGAAUGACGGACAUGCUCAACGACAUCUACAAGGAUUCUCCUAGAGCCACUGUCAUUCUAUCCACCCUUCUAGUCAACGGGAACAAGGCAGUGCAAGACCGCGUCAAGCAAAUCAACGCUCAGUUCAAGACGGUAGCAGCGGAUUUUCAGGCGUCCAAGCACCGACUUGUCUUGGUCGACAUGCAGAGCGACGCGGGCCCCAAGGUCUCUGAUUUGAACAAGGAUGGCACCCACCCGACCGACGAAGGAUACAAGAAGAUGGCCAACAUCUGGUACGCGGGCAUCAAGGAAGCGGAUCAGCAACACUAUCUUCAAACGGCAGAAAAGGUUGCCGGAAUCCCGGAUGAUGGCGCGUGAUAGGCUGUUUUAUACAUACUCUCGAAGCUUCCUACGUGACAUAGGACAUGGAAACCCACGGUGUGCAUAUAGGUGGCGUUUAGGUUUCAGGAGUGGGCAGCAUCUCGCAUCUGAGGGUUAGGGUCGAUGCGAUGGGGCUUGCAUUCUUGUAUAUAUUCCUUUGUUUUUACUUUUGCAUAUGUAGGUAACUUACCUGGAAGGUAUGGUCAAGGUGUUGAUGGGAUAAUGGGGAUGGGAGCAUGUGAUAUCCACUAGAAGGAGCAAAGAGAAUCUCUAUUUAGAAUAUUUGGA